UCUGAGCAACUCAAGCAGAUACACAAUAUCUUCUUAUCAGCUUUGCAAAAGUGAAUAUAUACAACUCUAAAAAACAACUCUCAUUAAAUCUCAUCAAAUUCCAAGGAGGAUAUUAGCAGAUUUCAACAUUUGUGGAUUCAUAUCGCAAACACUUCAGCAAAACUCAAUUAUUAAAAUGGCUUUCAACAAAGUAUUCAUCAUCUUGACCCUCGCUGCUUGCGCCAUGGCUAUGCCAGUUCAGCUAGUCGAUAACAUAAAAUCCUCUACGGAAGCUGGAACAACUGUUGGUUUUGUGGCGGAGGAUACUACAACUGAACAAGCUAUUAUUGCAAAGGACACAACUGAAGCGGCCAUAACUGAAGACAAAUCAGCAGUCAGUGAUUCGGUAGCGACAACCACAGUCUCCGAAGAAGCCACUCAUCAGGAUCUGUUCAAGCGCAGUGCUGACGCUCAAGAUGCCAGCUCCGAUGAUCUCGAGACCGCUGCUGGAACCAACGUUCUCCGGCCACUCUUUGUUUACCGUCAACAAGUAGCUUACCGCCAACGCAUCAAGAAUGGACACCGCCGUGGAAACCGCAGAUUUUGAAGUGAUUCAAGCUAUCCCGAUUGAUCCAUAAAAAAAGGAACAAUGUUACUCUCUGAAUAGACCAUUGACUACAUACACUCACAGCAGACACAUGGUCAAAUUGUGAUGUAGAUGCCGGUCACGAAUCUUCACUUUCAAAAAGACUUUUGUGUCUUUGGCGCCAUCUGAACACUCGAGAACAAUUACAUGGGAAGUUGCCUGUUGUCAAGAUUGUGGAUGAUACUGCAAUCUAGAAAAAGUCGUAGUGGCCCCAUGAGGAGCGGAGUUAAAAAGAAUUGUCCGAAGACUUCUCGGAUCUCACCCCUCACGGAACAGCAGGACUAUCUUUGCAGGCUGGAUAAAGGCGUAACCAUGCAGUUGAUCCGGACUUGUCAAAAGACUACUACAGAGUAGAAAACCCAAUAGCUAUCACAGGAGCUCUCUUGUCAUGUUUAAUUCGUUUUUUGGCACUGGACUCUUUUUCAAUGCUGACAAACACUCAAUGCUUUGAUGCAGACGGAUCAGAGUCCCUAUUCCAUUUAGCAUCUUACUAAAUUGCACUGGCUAGUUUUCCUGCUAGUCAAACAGCAAUAUAAAAUAUGAAGUCAUGAUAUGCUUUCGAUCACGUUGAACAAAAAUCAACAAGUCAAAAGCAUUGAACAUGCUAAUAAAGAUCUCUCGUAAAAUAAAUGCAGGAUAGAUUGCAUAUAAAUUAAGUCUCAAUUCGCUUUAUCUGGUAGUGAGUAGCUAUUUAAAUUUAGACAUUUGUUCAGCCCACGAAAGCUACCCACCAAAGUAAUCUUGUAAGCCUAAUAAUUAAUUAUAAAUAAUCUUGUUACAGUCUUUAUAAGACAUCAUAGGAAUUUAAAUUGUAAUAAUUAUAUUGAUAUUUGUGAUAAUAAAUCAAAGUUGAUAAUAAAUCGAACGAA